AUGGAUUCUGUAGACCAUAAGGUAGAGUCUCUGUUUAGCGUUGUAUCUCUUUCUGUUCCACCUUUUUGGGACAUGGAUCUUCUUUUGUGGUUCGCUCUUCUUGACGCCGAGUUUUAUAACCACAGAAUCACUUCCGACUACGCGAAGUAUCGCAAACUCCUGUCCUAUCUCCCCAAGGAGAUAUCAAUGCAGGUUCGUGACAUCAUCAUUUCUCAGACCGAAAACCGCUAUGAGGCUCUCAAAGAGGCCACGAUCAAGCGUGUUAUGCCCUCUGAGAAAGUUUGCCUGCAGCAGCUUUUCAGGGAUCUGCAGCUGGGCGACAAACUGCCCUCAACUCUGCUACGGGAGAUGCAGCAACUCCUUGGUUCUUCAACCAUGGAUGAGAUGUUACUUCGCGAACUAUGGCUACAACGGCUACCAGAAAACACGCAAGCGAUUCUCGCUACAGUGAGCUCCGUUUGGCUCAAUCAACUAGCAGACUUAGCCGAUCGAGUUAUUGAACGAGCACAGCCACAAGCGGACGCCAGCAAGAUCAAUGCCGUCGCGUCCCAGGGCACUUCUAUCACAGGCUUACAGUCAACCAUAGAAGCCCUGCAAACACAAGUCGCGACACUUAGCCGCCAGGUCCAGCAGCUUACUAUGGACCGUCGUCGUCAUAGCCGAUCAAAAUCGCCUUGCAAACCUUCUAAGUCUAACAACAGGCAAGCUAGCUGUUGGUACCACCAGCGUUUUGGUACCGCAGCUCAUAAAUGUGUAAAACCUUGCAACUUUGCAGAGAAGCAGGGAAACCUCGGCCGCGCCGUAACGGCGACGGACGCGACCGGCCAACACCAAGUCACCUCAUCCGCGUUAGGGGUUUAA